UAGUUGAUAAAGUUGUGAUCAGUUCAAGAAGUAAAAUGAAGUUCUUAUCGAAAAUAUUUUUCAUUGUCGCACUUAUUAUUGCUUUGAGCGUCCAUGUCAAAUGUCAAAUGACACCAGAUCCACCAUAUGGCAUUUGCAUUUGGAAUUGGGAAAGCUCUGAUUGUUACUUCUAUUGUGUUGAUAUUGGUUAUCCAGGUGGAGAGUGUGUUGGCGAUAACUGUUUAUGCGAUACACUUUGAACCAAGAUCGUUUAGAUCCUCUCAUUUUUCUAAUUUAAAAAGAGAUAAAAAUGAUUGAAAAUAUUUAAGAAUACAAUGUUCAAAAAAAUUAAGUUUGUUUUUUACAAGGUUUCCAUCUUUCCAUUCAUCAUGACCGACCCU